UGGGCUAAGUGUAGUAGCAAAGGAAGUUAUUGCUGGUCUAUAACAAGCUUCUCUUUGUCUACACUUACUAAUUCUCUUGUUGUUGGGGUACCCCUUUUGAAAGCUAUGUAUGGACCUACGGCUGUUGAACUUGUUGUUCAGUUUUCAGUAAUUCAGGCCAUUGUAUGGCUAACAAUCCUAUUGUUCGUCUUAGAAAUCAGACGAACUGAAAAUGACUUUUAUUCCAAUAAUAAUAAUACAGAUACUUUAGCUUUUGGAGACAAGACGUGUAAAGAUUUGGAAGAAAAUGCUACUGCAAAGACGGAGGAUGAGUUGAGCAACGCCACCAGACCAUCUUUCUGCUCUUUGCUGAAAACUGUUGGCCUCAAACUUGCAAUGAAUCCAAACUCAUAUGCAUGUAUAAUAGGCAUCAUUUGGGCAUUCUUAGCUAACAGGUUUCAUUUGCAAAUGCCUAGCAUCAUAGAAGGAUCAAUUUUAAUCAUGUCGAGAGCUGGUACAGGCACUGCCAUGUUUAGCAUGGGGUUGUUCAUGGCAAUGCAAGAGAAAAUAAUUGCCUGUGGUGCAAGUUUAACUGUAUUUGGAAUGGCUUUGAGAUUUAUUGCUGGACCACUCGCCAUGGCCUUCGGUUCGCUCGCAGUAGGUUUGCAUGGCGAUGUCUUGCGUGUUGCUAUAAUACAGGCGGCAUUGCCACAAUCCAUUACCUCCUUUAUUUACGCGAAGGAGUACGGGUUACAUGCAGAUGUACUUAGCACAGCUGUUAUCUUUGGAAUGAUUGUGUCCCUCCCGGUGUUGAUCGGUUAUUAUGCUGUUUUGGAGUUUGUACAAUGAUGAUCUCUAUUGUUAAAUAUAGGUC